AUGCGGGACCUCGAUGCGCGCUGCUUUGGUGUCGUGUCCACGGUUCGCACGGGCCUGCGCAACGCGCUGAGAGUGUUUCGAAAAUGCACCAAACGAAUUUGCGCCGAGUUUCAUGAGACGAGCGUCGGUGACGGUUUUGUGGCUUCUGUUGAUGGAACCUCCCCCGUGACGGAGCUCUUUCCUCUGAAACCGUGCACCGUAGCAGAUGUCUUCAGUCACUGCCCCUACAACGCCCCGUACUACCUAAAGGAGGCAUACGGAGGGGAUUGGCUGACGCGUUCACUGACCGAACUGUUUUAG